AAUCACUAGGGAAAAACAAAUGGCAAACUCAAAAUUACGUCAAUUAUUUGGAUCGAGGAAACGAACCUUUUCACCAGGAAAUACGAACCAAGAAGUUCUCGCUAAACGUUCCAGGAAUCAAAACUCCAGCUAUCCAUCACCGAGAUCAAUAUUAAAACGAAAGCUGGAGGAAAGAAAAGAGUUAAGAGAUGUCGAUAUCAUCCACAGCGAGUCGGAAGAUUCUAGGAGAUCUUCCGACUCGUAUUGUGUGAAGAAAAAAGUUCGAUUCUCUCUUACACCAUCCUCCAGCUUUUUCAAAGAAAAUCUGGUUAAUUCUAAAAUUCAACCUUCACCUUCAAAUAAAAACAGCUGCCUCUGGCGUAGCCAGCGACUACGCAUGAGGCAGCUGAAAUCUGAUCAGAACAAUAUACUUGGGCUACAAGUAACAACAGAAAAAGGGAAUUCUUAG